AUGUCUGAAACAAAUGUAUGGCUGUACGGCUUACCCAAUUACCAGGGGGCCGUCUACGAAUACGAUGGCAGUCAAUAUGGAUGCAAAACAGUUGGUGAAGGAGUCACCAACGAUUGCCAGCUGGCAUCGAAGCUAUUUAAUAUUUCUGCAGAUGGCCGAGAUUUACCUCUUGCGCCCAAUUUCGGUGUCCGUUCGAUCGAGUGUGAAACCUGGGAGCCAUAA